AUGGCAUUAAGAUUUCCGAGGUUUAGCCAAGGCUUAGCUCAGGACCCCACUACUCGUCGUAUUUGGUUUGGUAUUGCUACCGCACAUGACUUCGAGAGUCAUGAUGAUAUUACUGAGGAACGUCUUUAUCAGAACAUUUUUGCUUCUCACUUUGGGCAAUUAGCAAUAAUCUUUCUGUGGACGUCCGGAAAUCUCUUUCAUGUAGCUUGGCAAGGAAAUUUUGAGUCAUGGAUACAAGACCCUUUACAUGUAAGACCUAUUGCUCAUGCAAUUUGGGAUCCUCAUUUUGGUCAACCAGCUGUAGAAGCCUUUACUCGAGGAGGUGCUACCGGUCCAGUGAAUAUCGCUUAUUCCGGCGUUUAUCAGUGGUGGUAUACAAUCGGAUUACGCACUAAUGAAGAUCUUUAUACUGGAGCUCUUUUUCUAUUAUUUCUUUCUGCUAUAUCCUUAAUAGCGGGUUGGUUACACUUACAACCAAAAUGGAAACCAAGCGUUUCGUGGUUCAAAAAUGCCGAAUCUCGUCUAAAUCAUCAUUUGUCAGGACUUUUCGGAGUGAGUUCUUUGGCUUGGACAGGACAUUUAGUUCAUGUCGCUAUUCCAGGAUCCAGGGGACAGUACGUCAGAUGGAAUAAUUUUUUAGAUGUAUUACCCUAUCCUCAAGGGUUGGGACCACUUUUUACGGGUCAGUGGAAUCUUUAUGCCCAAAACCCUGAUUCGAGUAGCCAUUUAUUUGGUACUUCCCAAGGAACAGGAACUGCCAUUCUAACCCUUCUCGGUGGAUUUCAUCCACAAACGCAAAGUUUAUGGCUGACCGAUAUUGCUCAUCAUCAUUUAGCUAUUGCAUUUAUUUUCCUGAUCGCUGGUCAUAUGUAUAGAACUAACUUCGGGAUUGGGCACAGUAUCAAAGAUCUUUUAGAAACACAUAUUCCUCCAGGGGGUCGAUUAGGGCGUGGGCAUAAGGGUCUUUAUGACACAAUCAAUAAUUCGCUUCAUUUUCAAUUAGGUCUUGCUCUAGCCUCUUUAGGGGUUAUUACUUCCUUAGUAGCUCAACACAUGUACUCUUUACCUGCUUAUGCAUUCAUAGCACAAGACUUUACUACUCAAGCUGCGUUAUAUACUCAUCACCAAUACAUCGCAGGGUUUAUCAUGACAGGAGCCUUUGCUCAUGGAGCUAUAUUCUUCAUUAGAGAUUACAAUCCAGAACAGAAUGAGGAUAAUGUAUUGGCAAGAAUGUUAGACCACAAAGAAGCUAUCAUAUCUCAUUUAAGUUGGGCCAGCCUGUUUCUUGGGUUCCAUACCUUGGGCCUUUAUGUUCAUAACGAUGUUAUGCUCGCUUUUGGUACUCCGGAAAAACAAAUCUUGAUUGAACCUAUAUUUGCCCAAUGGAUACAAUCCGCUCAUGGUAAGACUUCAUAUGGGUUCGAUGUACUCUUAUCUUCAACGAAUGGCCCAGCAUUCAAUGCAGGUCGAAGCAUAUGGUUACCGGGCUGGUUGAAUGCUGUUAAUGAGAAUAGUAAUUCACUCUUCUUAACAAUAGGUCCUGGGGACUUCUUGGUUCAUCAUGCUAUUGCUCUAGGUUUGCAUACAACUACACUGAUUUUAGUAAAAGGUGCUUUAGAUGCACGUGGUUCCAAGUUAAUGCCAGAUAAAAAGGAUUUCGGUUAUAGUUUUCCUUGCGACGGCCCAGGACGCGGCAGGUACUUGUGAUAUUUCUGCUUGGGACGCAUUUUAUUUGGCAGUUUUCUGGAUGUUAAAUACCAUUGGGUGGGUUACUUUUUAUUGGCAUUGGAAACACAUCACUUUAUGGCAGGGUAACGUUUCACAAUUUAAUGAAUCUUCCACUUAUUUAAUGGGAUGGUUAAGAGAUUAUCUAUGGUUAAAC